UGCCCUGAAUUGGUCAUGUGACUUUACGGAAGAAGAUUUCCCAAUUUUCAUAAUGUUUUGACUAUGAAUCAUUUUAAACAACUUAAAUUAAACAUUCGAAAGCAUUGACCAAUUCAUGUGACAUAGCUUCAUCUGUUUAUUUGUUCAAGUCUAACAGUUAAUUUCUGUCAAUGUCUGGAGGAGGCACACUACAGAAAGCUAUUGAGCUUGUUACCAAGGCAACAGAAGAAGAUAAGAAGAAAAAUUAUGAAGAAGCCUUGAAACUAUAUCAACAUGCUGUAGAGUAUUUCCUACAUGCAAUCAAAUAUGAAGCACAGAGUGAUAAAGCAAAGGAGAGCAUUCGUGCCAAGUGUAUACAGUACCUUGAUAGAGCUGAAAAACUGAAAACAUACCUCGGCAAAAAUGACAAGAAACCAAAACCAAUGAAAGCUGGUGGUGGAGGAAGUAGUAAGAAAGAUUCGUCUGACAGUGAAGAUGAAGAAAAAAGUGCUGAUACAAAGAAAUUUGAAGGGGCCUUGUCAGGUGCCAUUGUGAUGGAGAAGCCCAACAUUCUGUGGGAUGAUGUUGCUGGCCUCGACGGAGCCAAAGAAGCCCUUAAAGAAGCUGUCAUUUUACCUGUAAAAUUUCCACAUUUGUUCACAGGGAAAAGAAAACCAUGGCGUGGAAUUCUUUUAUAUGGUCCUCCUGGAACAGGAAAGUCAUUUUUAGCUAAGGCAGUAGCAACAGAAGCGAACAACUCAACAUUUUUCUCAGUAUCUUCAUCUGACCUUGUGUCAAAGUGGCUCGGAGAAUCUGAAAAAUUAGUCAAAACCUUAUUCAGCAUGGCUAGAGAAAACAAACCGAGUAUAAUAUUUAUUGAUGAAGUGGAUGCGCUAUGUGGAUCUCGCAGUGAAAAUGAGUCAGAAUCGGCACGAAGAAUCAAAACUGAGUUUCUCGUUCAGAUGCAAGGUGUAGGAAAUGACCAGGAUGGUGUACUAGUUUUAGGAGCUACAAAUAUACCAUGGAGUUUAGAUUCUGCUAUACGUAGAAGAUUUGAGAAGCGUAUAUAUAUCCCGCUUCCUGAGGCUCCAGCCAGGUCACUUAUGUUUAAGCUUCAUCUUGGCUCUACACCAAAUUCACUCACUGAGGAAGACUUUAGACAGCUGGGGGUGAAGUCGGAUGGUUAUUCUGGUGCAGAUGUUUGUAUUGUUGUGAGAGAUGCCCUCAUGCAGCCUGUACGUAAAGUACAGACAGCUACACACUUCAGGAGGGUAAGAGGUCCGUCCAGAGACAAUCCAGAAGUUAUUGUUGAUGAUCUUUUGACCCCAUGUUCUCCAGGGGCACCUGGUGCAAUAGAAAUGAACUGGACACAAGUGGAUGGUGAUAAACUGCUAGAACCUGUUGUUAGCAUGAGUGAUAUGUUGAUGUCACUGUCAACACAGAAAGCGACUGUCAAUGAAACUGACUUGAAAAAACAUGAAGAAUUCACAAACGAUUUUGGGCAGGAAGGCUAGCACAUAUUGGAAUUGUGACUUGAUUUUCCUGUUAAUAGCGAUGUAAAUUAUUUUCGAGGAGGAACAAUUUGAUCUGCUGUUUUCUGAAUAACUACAAACAUAAUCUAGGAGAGCAGCAUUUUAGUAUCAUAAACAAUUCAAUAUGAGCAUGAGUGCAAAGGAGUUACUGAUGAUUGUAUGACUGUUAAUGCUAAAACAAUUUGAAUAUACAGUUGGACGGUAUAUCUAAGUUUAAAUGUUCCUAAAAGUCACUUUUGCUUUAAGACGUUUGAAUUAGAAAUUAUCAUGACUCUAGAUAUGAUUUUUGAUAGUUUUGUUUCCAGUACUUCUAUGAUUUUUGAAUAACAUUUCUAAACUUGUAUCCAGAAUAGCUCAAUUCUUCUCUCAGUGUUGCUAGAGCGAUUGUUUAUGUGACUUAAUCAGAACAAAAAUGAUUGUUAUGUACCAGGAAACACUCAGCUCCCUUUUUGUUUUACUUCAGUGUUAUAAAUGUAUUUCUUCAACCCAAAACUUUAAAACAUUUUGUUCCUACUGAUUCAGUAUUCUUCAGUCUCAUAAUUCAUAGACUUUGAUAAACUUUUUUGUCCUAUGACUUGAAUAUGUAUAUCUUUACUGUCUAGGAAUGUAAGAUAUACUUCAGUCACAUGUAUAGGCCUUAAAUGCACUUCAAUGUUUGUAGUAGACUAGGGUAAUUACUUGAUAUGAAAACUUUGAUACAGGUACAGUUGAACCUAAGCAAUCACCUGUAUUAAGCAGCCACUUGCAUUAAGCAUCCAGUCAGCUUACUUCCAAAAUUGACUUUCUGUUCUAAUUUCAACCUCUCUUAAGCAGCCACCUGCCUUUAGCGGCCAGAUUAUGCUGCUCCCUUGGCUGGCUGCUAAACACAGGUUUGACUGUAUAUCCCUAGAUAGGUUUUGCUUUAAGUAAGUUGACUAGAAACUGUUUGUACAGAUGCUACCAUACAUUUUACAUUAUCAGUGUUAGAUCAGUCAUUAUAAAAAUGCAUUACUUUUAACCCUUAGCCUGCUGGCAGCAAGUGAUUUUGCCUUUGCGACCAGUGCAGACCUGCGCAGGCUGAUCAUGGUCUGCACUGUUCGCUAUUCAGUCAGUAAAUUUUCAGUGAACACCCUUUGAAUAAUAAGUGAUGCUGCCCAAAUUGAAUGAUGGACCAGUCCAUUUUAGAAAUUUAGCAGGGUAAGGGUUAAUUUACUAAUUGAUGAUAUACAAUCAAUAUAAAACAUUUAUGUAGAAAAAUGAUGUCAGUGACAACUUCAGCAUAUCAUGAAUGAUUGUCGGUUUUUUUACUAUUUCAGAUUUCUCUGUUUACAUUGUAUUACUUUUAUCUAGUAAACUUUAUUCAUGUCAUUACAAAAAAAUAAAAUGAUUAUGUAAGAUAAUAAUGUUGUAUUGUAUCUGAAACAUUUAUAAAUUUAUUCACAUAAAUACCUGACUCACAGAUAGAAGAAUGUUCUUAUAAACUAGUCCUUUGAAUUAAACAAGGAGCAGUAAGGGCUUCUUUGAAAUAAUUCAUCAUAUCAAGUAGUGAAUUGGACUCGACAGUUUGAUAGAAUUAUUAGAUAAAAAAUGACUGUUUUCAGUCCAAGUCUUUCAUGAGGAAAGGUUGUCAGUCAUAAAAAUAGAUUUGAAGUCCUGAGACAUGGUUAGAAAUACUGGAUAGUUUAACAUAUUGAAUAUUUUGUUUCUGUUAGGUUUUUAGUUAAAAGAACACACACUUUAGGUGAAGUGGCAACUUCACAAAACACAUAAUACUGUGAUAAGUGAUAAAUCCACCACCAACAAAAAUAGAACUUAACUAUACCUGGUGUAGUAUGGACUGAUGCAAGGUGAACCCUUAGAUAUCUUUGUUUCCAUUGGGUUUAUUUCGCUUGAAUUUUAUGUAAUAUGCACUUUUGAACAUAUGCAACAAGUUUCCAAUUGUGUAAUGAGAUCCAGAAAAUUAUUCUAAAAUGCAAACAGGCCGUUGUCUUCAGUUGCCCUGUGUUACCAGAUGGUGUUGUGAAAUCACGAGUAUGGUUAAGAUUUAACGAAUUGAUUAUUCUCUAAAAUAUUAUUUGUUUUGAUAUAUGAAGUAAAGUUGCUCCUCAUAAAUUUAGGUCAUACAUGUGUUCUAAGGAGCUGAUAUUAUUUUGCUCCAACAUAAUUAAAUUAUUGUUGUAUGCUCCUAAAUAUUGUAUUAUAUAAGGUCUAUGAGGAGUAGUCAUGUGAUUUCAUAUUGUAUUAUAUAAUUUUGAAUUCACGAAGAAAGCGUGCAUAAUUAGAAGUACUAUAAAAGCUCUAGAAGUUAAGACAUUUUUAUGACAUUACAACGUAUUAGUGGUGAAAGAAAUAUACACUUGGAUUUAAAUGGAUUUACAAAUAAAAAAUAAAAAGUUAUAGUUAUAAUAUUCAUUGUGGAAAGGACAAGAAAGGAAUAUAAUAUUAUUCAGUCUAACAUAAAUCCAAAUCCACCACAGUUCGUCAUUGGAUAAAAAAGGUCCUGAAUUUAGCUGGGAAUGAAUGAGUGAAUCUGCAUAUAAUACUCUAUAAUUAUAGUGAAUAGUUAAAUGCUAUUUUUGUUUAAAAGUCUUUUUUGAAGUUAACACUCGAGAAAAAUGUCUGUUAUUGAACUACAUUGUGAUUCAACUGCAUUCAAGGAGGCUACCAUGACAUGUUUAAACACUUGUCACCUAAACAAACUGGUUGUGCAUAUUUUUAUAAGAAGUUUGGUUUUAGGUAGCAAGGUUAAAUAAGCAGUGUAUUGUUAGUUGGGUAACUGUUUCGCCUUUUAACUUACUGAAUAUUUCUUUACAUUGUAUUUGUUAUUCAGACAAAAAAGUAUGUUCAACUUAUAUUUUGUUAAAGGUUUUGAUUAUUUUUAAUCAAAAAAUGUAUAUAUCCUGUCAGUUGUUGCAGAUUUUGUGCAUGAUUUGCUACCACAAAACUGUGUAAGUCAGACAUUUAACAUUUUUUUGGAGCAUCAUUGGAUAGUAUAGCCUGAUACAAAAAGAUCUUUCCAACAUAAUUCAUUCAUCUUUGGUAAUUUAUUACAUUUAUACUAUUGGCAACAAUUACAGAUGUCUAGAACUGUGAUGUUUCUAUACAUGUGAAAAGAAGCAUUUAUCUUGAAGACUGCAUUGCCUGUUUCACUUAUUAUCACACAGCCUUCCUAUUUUGAAUCCAACUACCUGUAUAGAUGUGGAUCUAUUCUUCUUAUUUAUAAUAAUAUGAGCCGUGCCAUGGGAAAACCAACAUAGUGGGUGUGCGACCAGCAUGGAUCCAGACCAGCCUGCGCAUCCGCGCAGUCUGGUCAGGCUCCAUGCUGUUCGCUUUUAAAGCCUAUUGGAAUUGGAGAAACUGUUAGCGAACAGCAUGGAUCCUGACCAGACUGCGCGGAUGCGCAGGCUGGUCUGGAUCCUUGCUGGUCGCAUACCCACUAUGUUGGUUUUCCCAUGGCACGGCUCAUAUGUCGUUUUCACAUUACACUAGUAAGAUGAAGGUUUUUGUGAAUCAGAAACAACAAAGUGAGGUUCAGAGUGAGGUUAGUAGUCAUUGCAGAGUGAAGUUGUUAGCUCACUCAGUGCUCCUUGAUCAGGCAAGUUUAUUAUGAGAGGAACCAUCUGGUUUCCUUUGCCUGUGAACUACUUCAUGUCCAACUGCUGAAUGUACAUGAAGAUUGUAUUUUCUUAAAAUUUAGUCCCUUGCAGCCUUUCCCUUCCCUUUCCAGUUCAAUUCAAAUGCUUCUUUGGAAAAAGAGAAAUAGAUUUAAAAAUGUAUCAUCUUGUGAGUUCAAUGAAAUAAUAAAAAAAUAGUUCCUUUCAUUCUUGUCUAGACUGUUACGUUCAGCUUGUACUUUUACGUUAGUGUGAAGUAAGUCCAAAGUCUAAAAUUAGAAUUACUUUGGUAUUAUUCUAAUUUCAGGUCUCGUACUGCAUGUUUGAAAAUUCAUGAUUGUCAAAUGAGCAAUCUAGGGCCACAGAGUCUUCUUGUAUGUUUUUUAUUGUACAUAGUAAUGUAUGUAUCAUUUUGUGAUUCUGACUUGUGAAUUUUUUGUACUCUUGUUAUCUCUAUUAUAAGAAUGUAUGACAAUAAAAUGUUUUCAAUUAGA